AAAGCAGACUCGGAUAGGUGCGAGAAAGAAGAAUGAAACCGAUCCGACGAAUUCGGAGGCUGGGCAACGGUCGGGUAUAAAACAGUUGAUCGCCGCCGAAGCCAGCAUCAGUCACGCUUAACUUCGCUUUCCUGCUCGACGCAAGCUGCUAACAUGAAGGUUGCGGUUGUUUUCCUCGCCGUGGUGGUCUGCGCCCUGGCAAACGAGAAGUACACGACCAAGUACGACAACGUCGACUUGGAUCAGAUCCUGAGGAGCGAUCGUCUGCUGAACAACUACGUAAACUGCCUCCUGGAAAAGGGAAGCUGCACCGCCGACGGCAAGGAGCUUAAAAAAUCGCUGCCGGACGCGUUGGAGACCAAUUGCAGCAAGUGCAGCGAGAAACAGAGAAAGGGCAGCGACAAGGUCAUCCGGUUUCUGGUUAACGAGCGACCUCAAACCUGGGAGAAAUUGAAGAAGAAAUACGACCCGACCGGAGAGAACACACGGAAGUUUGAAAAUGAAUUGAAGAAACAGGGAAUCAACAUUUAAGUAGUUCGUAACGGGUGAGUCCUUCCGCCCGAGGACAUGGGAAUUCUACGUUUAAGGCAGACUCGUCGAGAAUCGUUCGCCAUCCUUGGUCCCAUUUUUUAAAUUUGUAUCCGAGUCGAAGAAUCGCGAAAUAAAUGUUGCAUGGUGUAGUAUCGGAAAGAAAAAAGGGAAACGAAUUAAUUCUUUUUUUUAAGCGAGGAAAGGGGCACGUAAUUUCUUCGUUUCGCCAUCGGACGAACUAAGGAAAGCGAAGAGAGCCUUCGAAGAUUCGUUUCUUUGAGAGAACAAUCCUUCGGAUAACAAAGACAAAUCCUCUGUUACGUCACGUACCGUUCCUUCGGUUCCGCCCUCUUCCUUUUCCUCUUGCAGUUCUAUUACGAGUGAUUGUUUCGCGUUGGAAAUAAUCGAGCCGGUUUCACGGUCGAAAAAAGAGGAGGAGAAAACGCGAGCCGGUAGAUUUAAUAUGAAAUUGGAAAAAUACCUCCUCCUCCUCUCGACCUCCUCUCGCCGCCGCCUGCCUCGCGCGGAUCAAUUCGGGGAUUUGUACGAAGCUCCGCACAGCUUCCGAUUUUCCAGGAAAAUUUCGUUUGAAUUAUCAUACGUGCAACGCGACUGUUCGUCGCAGUCCCGCUGGUAAUUAAUCGCGAGCCGCGACCGACUUUGUUGCGGCACGAACGAUGAAACUGAAUCCUUGCAUCUAUUCACCGACGAAUACGUAAACAGCGCAAAAAAAUUAAAGGUGCGCUUUACGAUCACUGGAAUUCAUCUUUGGUAAAGCGUACGGCAUUUAUCGAGCAUUUAUCGAGGCUUCCAAAUAUUUUUCAAGUUCUCGACUUAUUCCAAAGAAAUUAUUUUUAACUUCUCGAAAUUCGAAUAUUUUUAUUCGUAUUUUUCUCGUAAAGUUCGUUCAAAAACGAACAUUUAAAAAAAAAAAAACCGGUCCGAUUUGGUUACCUUUUGCCAGAGCCAUUUGAAAAAAAACGACGUUUUCUUUUUUUUUAAAGAUUCAUAACCUUUUUUCAGUUCGGCACAAAAAUCUGCAAAAAUUCACAAAAAGGUAUUUGGAAGGGUACUGUAAUAUAAAAAAAAUGUCAGCCAAAUGAAAAUGAAUGGUCACGACACGAAAUACUGCCGUUUCUCCGUGACGAGUAUACUCGUCAAACGCAGAUGACUGGUCGAAUCGACGAACGAACGAGGAAAGUUUCGUAGCAACCCGACACCCCUUUCCCUUCGUCUAGUUCGGCGGUAAGAGGUUGAAACGACCCCAAACUAGCUCGAUAAUCGGAAAGUUCCACUGUCUUUCGGAAAUUUAAUUACUCGGGCAUAGACUCGACAUCGGUUUUAAUUUUUCUUCGAGUUAACGGAACCCGUUCUCAGACUACUUACCGAAGUAGUUUCGGGCUCGUCAGGACUUCGGUUCGCAAGUUUAAGAAGCGAGAAUUCCGACUCACGCGAACGACGGAUCGCGUCUGACCGAGAGACGCGACCACCGAUGAAUAUUUAAGGAAAGCAAGCGUGGCGGAGGGGAAAGAAGUCGUAAUCGCCCCAGGGAGUCGUCGAGCCGCUCGAUCGGCGUAUGCGUCGUUCGCGAGGCGAUUACAGUAGUCGAAUUAUUUAUUUGGUAAGCCGUGGUUUUCCAAGAAGGGAGCGUCGACUGUUGGAAAGUGAUCGAUUUUUGGGAUGCAAUCCGUGGAGAAUGUUUCGAGUAAUUAAUUUUACGCGAACGAGUACUUGUUAUUAUUCGCACUUGCAUUAUUUAUUUCAAUUUAUGAAACACGGAACUGCCGGUUUUUGAUUCUUUUCUAACAGUAGAAUGUACUUUUCUCAGUACUUAGAUUUAUAUCGCAUUCAAUUGCAAAAUAACAGCCGGUAACAUGGAGUCGUUUCCGGAAUAAAAUUAAUUUAAUAGCU